UUGGACAUUUUCACUCACUCGCAAAAUCAUUUGUCAAGGCGGCAAAUAUAUAUCAUAUAUACAUAUAUAUGUAUGUGUUUCUCUGGCUGUGUAUAAUAAUGUAUUAGCUUUGUUUCGACGCCUCCAAUAAAAAAUCAAUCGCACUUUCUUUUUAUCUUGUAGUUAUUAGCUUCCCUUCCAAUUCUAAUGGCUAAUCCUCCUGAACCUAAUCCUUUCCCUAACUCAUGCCGCGAGGUCGAUGCCGGUGCUGCCUUCGUCCUCGAAUCCAAAGGGGAGUGGUGGCACGCGGGGUUCCAUUUGACAACGGCGAUAGUGGGGCCCACAAUACUGACGCUACCAUACGCGUUCAGGGGGUUAGGAUGGGGCCUAGGAUUCUUCUGCUUAACGGUGAUGGGAGUGGUGACUUUCUACUCUUACUUUCUCAUGUCUAAAGUCCUUGAUCACUGUGAGAAAGCCGGUCGCCGUCACAUUCGCUUCCGCGAGUUAGCGGCGGACGUUUUAGGGUCCGGAUGGAUGUUUUACUUUGUCAUAUUUAUCCAAACAGCUAUUAACACUGGAGUUGGUAUAGGAGCAAUUUUACUUGCAGGGGAAUGCCUUCAGAUCAUGUACUCAAACAUAUAUCCUAGUGGACCCCUAAAAUUGUUCGAGUUCAUAGCGAUGGUGACAGCAGUAAUGGUAGUUCUCUCUCAGCUUCCAACCUUCCACUCUCUCAGACACCUCAACAUGGCUUCGCUACUUCUCAGUUUGGGCUACACUUUCCUUGUGGUUGGUGCUUGUAUUAGUGCAGGUCUCUCAAAAAAUGCCCCACCAAGGGACUAUUCACUAGAAUCUUCCGAGUCCGCAAGGGUCUUCAGUGCCUUCACUUCCAUCUCCAUAAUAGCUGCUAUUUUUGGGAAUGGAAUACUGCCUGAAAUACAAGCAACUUUAGCUCCUCCUGCUACUGGGAAGAUGGUAAAAGGCCUUUUGAUGUGUUAUAUCGUUAUUGUGGUUACUUUCUACUCAGCUGCAGUGUCUGGAUAUUGGGUGUUUGGAAACAAAUCUAAUUCGAACAUUCUCAAAAGUCUAUUGCCAGAUGAGGGACCUGCCUUGGCUCCAACAUGGGUUCUUGGCCUCGGUGUCAUCUUUGUCCUACUUCAGCUCUUUGCUAUUGGCCUGGUCUAUUCUCAAGUAGCUUAUGAGAUCAUGGAAAAAAAUUCAGCUGAUGUGAACCAAGGAAUGUUCUCCAAAAGGAAUCUCAUUCCUAGGCUAAUUCUACGGACUCUUUAUGUAAUAUUCUGUGGAUUUAUGGCAGCCAUGCUUCCUUUCUUUGGAGACAUCAAUGGUGUUGUGGGAGCAAUAGGCUUCAUCCCUCUAGAUUUUGUCCUACCAAUGCUUCUCUACAACAUGACCUACAAGCCUCGAAGAUCAUCCCUCACCUAUUGGAUCAAUAUCUCUAUUAUAGUUGUCUUUACAGGUGCAGGAAUUAUGGGAGCAUUCUCUUCUAUAAGGAAAUUGGUUCUUGAUGCCAAGAAGUUCAAGCUCUUUAGCAGUGAUGUGGUUGAUUAAUCCUGGACAUAAUGGACUAAUGCUUGGUAUAUAUCAGGAAAAAGUGCACAGCCUACUGUCGAUGAGGGAACUUUUGACCUUUAAAGAACGGUUAGCAAUGAGCAUACCUGGUUCAACAACAGAAACAUGUUGCCUUGAAGUGCUGGAAGUCAAGAAUUCAAUUGUUGGUCGCUAUGGUUCCCUUUACAAAUUUCUGAAGUACCAAAAAAGGGCAGAAACAUGCCGAGUUUUCGUACAUCUGUCCCGUAAAUAAUGAUGUAUUAUAUCAACUUGAGGUUUAUGUUGGCAAAGGGACAUUUUAUUGGUUAAAGACCUAAUCUGCAUGUUUAUUUUCUCUCUGCUCUGAAAUUUACCAGACCUGAAAAUGGGGAAUAUAUUACAAAUAUAAAGUUAAGUAUUCAUUAUAGUUA